GGCAAAAAGAAAAAGUGAAUACCAUAAUCUUCUCUUCUGGGUCUUCUUCAUCAAAUUCUUGAAUUUCCCAGAAUUUUGCUUUAAUGGAAAUGACAUCAGCUAAAUGGGUUUCUGAAUUGGAAAUGGAAGAUGCAGCUGCUUUUAACUAUCAAUACCCACUUGAUUACUCCAUCGAUGAACUUGAAUUUCAGUUUUUUUCUUACAAGAAAAAUUUCAAUCAUCAAACUGUCCAGAAUUUUAGCUAUGCAACCGAUAGCUGGAAUUCUUGCACUUCUCCUUCUUCAUCUUCUCAUAUGAUAUCUUUCGGAAACUCGAAUCCGCCGCCUUCUGCUUCAUAUGGCGUUCGAUCGAUUCCUUUAAAGCCUAAUAUUGAAAUGGGUUCCGAUGAAAAUUCAAAACCUAGUUUGUUCCAUCCGGGUUCUUUGGAGAAUCAAUAUGGUUCAAACUAUAAUAAUAAUUUCAAACAAGGAACUCAUAAGAAGGGUGCUGCAGUUACAAUUAGGGAUGCGCAAGAUCAUGUGAUGGCGGAGAGGAAGCGCCGAGAAAAGCUUAGCCAGCGAUUCAUUGCUCUUUCAGCUGUUAUUCCUGGUUUGAAAAAGAUGGACAAAGCUUCUGUUCUUGAAGAUGCAGUAAAGUACAUGAAGAAUUUACAACAACGAGUUAAGACAUUAGAGGAUCAAUCUACAAUGAAAUCAAUGGAAUCAGUAGUUUUUGUGAAGAAAUCAAAAGUUUAUGUUGAUGAUGAUCAGUCGUCAUCAUCAACUGUACAUGAUGACAUUAAUUCUGAUGAAAAACGGGACCAAUUACAACUUCCGGACAUUGAAGCUAGGGUUUCAGACAGGAAUGUUCUGAUUAAAAUCCAUUGUGAAAAGCGAAAAGGUUGCAUAGUGAAGAUACUAUAUGUAAUGGAAAAGUUUCAUUUGAAUGUCAUCAAUAGCAGUGUGAUUCCUUUUGGAAACUCUACCCUUGAUGUUACUAUUGUUGCCCAGAUGGAUGGUGAAUUCUCCACAACAAUAAAGGAUCUUUUGAGAAAUUUAAGACAAGCUCUACUUAAUUAAUCAUUUGUGACUGGCAGCAGCUUUUUAAGUUUGUUUCUUUGUUUGAAACAUUAUAUAUGUAUGUAUAAGGUUUCCAUUUUUUUGGCAGCAGAGGUUUUUUUAGGGCAGAUUAUGCCCUAAUUUUUGUAGUGCGGUUGACUCGUUGACCAUGCUUAAUUGCCCACGUGCUGAGUAUAUGGAACUUUGGAGUGUUUUUUAGGGUUUUUGUAUCAUUUUUUAGAGGUAAUUUCUUGCCUUUUUCUUUU